UAUCUGUUUGCCAAAGGUAAAUAGACCACGUAGGAGCCAUAGUGCUCAACUUUUUGAAAUUGCUGCCAAAACAAAUAUUUAUAUGAACUCGCUCCUACCAAAAACGGUUCGAAAAUGGAACAAACUUCCCCUGGAUGCAGUGGAAGCACCCAACUAUGAUAAAUUAAAAGAAAUUAUCUCAAACUAAGCCACUCCCCCAAUGCCUAUUUGUCAGACUUCCAAGUGGAGUAUUCAAGAGGAUAACACGUGUUCUCUGUUCUUGUCAGUGGUAACCUCGCCUUGUGCUAGAUUUCGCUGUCAGGCAGGUUGCUAUGCUAUGUAAUAGAUGUCACUGCAGUGAAACAUCGUGCUUUAAACUGAUCAAAAUUUUCAGCAAUUAAUUUGUAUAAAUAUAUCUCACUGAUAGAUACUAUCUCCUCAUUGGAUCACCUGUCUGACUAAUGUUGCUGUAACACAAUGCAAGUCUUUUCAAAAUCAAGGUUGUAUGUUGUCUUUGGAAAACAUAUAUUGAAAAAAGUGCCAUGUAAAGCUAUUAGGCCACUCAGCUCUGAUGUUAGAGAAGAAAGUGUCAUUAACUAUUGGAAAAGAAACUUCAGGCUGUUUAGGGGUGAGAUUUAUGACAAACUACGGGGGUCAAAAUUAGACACCAUGUAUGACACACAUAAGGUGAUAAUGAGCUGUGAUACAAAUAUUGUCAACAAAUUCAACAUUCAAACUGAUAAUGCAAUAGGUGGAAAAAGUUGGGCAAAACUGUGCAUGAGUAGGAACAAUCGUCUCCUGUUCCACGGAGAACUAAGCACCGUUGUCCCAAAAGAUGGGGAGACCGAAAGGAGUGGUUAUUGUGCAUUAAAAUCGAAACAAUUGUAUGGUGCAUUUGAAAAGAAGAUUCAGAUUGACUUAUCACCCUUUAACGUGUUGAAAUUUCGGAUACGAGGAGAUGGACGUUCAUACAUGGUGAAUUUCUACGCUGACAGUUAUUAUUCCGAUACACAGGAUGAUAUAUGGAGUUAUUUUCUAUUCACUCGAGGAGGCCCACACUGGCAAGAAGCUACGGUUCCAUUUUCCAAAUUCUUCCUGUCGAGCAGAGGUCGUAUCCAAGAUCGACAAGAGUUGGUUGAUUUAGAGAAUAUUAACUGCUUUGGUUUGACGAUGGCCGAUGCAGUUGAUGGAGAAUUUGCCUUAGAAAUUGACAUAAUUGCUGCAACGUAUGAUCCAACUCAUACUGAAGAAUUUGCAUAUGAAAUGUAUAAUGCGAAGUACUGAAUAUGCUGAUGUACACUAAUUUUAAGACUGGCACUCACAGCUCACGACGGUCAUCUGUUGACGCAAUUCCAUAAAAAACGCAACAGAUCGUUUUUAAUGACAAUCAGCAGACAGCGUCGCGUCAUCUAUCGCUCACAGAGAGCGGAGUUGGAUUCGUUGUGCGAGGGCAGUGAGCGCCCAGCUUUAUGAAUGUAAAAUAAACCUGAGGAUGCACUAAAGUGUCUGUUGAACCAAUAAACUUUAAAUAUUUAAAUUGAUUGUAUUGUAUGCAGUAUUAAGUUCUUAGAUUCUGAUUACAAAUAAGAAAAAAAAAUUCUCUUGAAUUUAUAGACUCAUAGUAAUUUUUGUAGUAAUCCCAGUUGCAGAUCAAGUGGUGAGGAUUGGGGUGCUUUCCCUUUUCCCAGCAGCAAGAACAUGUAAUCUAGUGUGAAUAUGUUAAAGUAGCAAAUUAAAAGUCUAAAAUUCUUAAAGGUGCAGCCCCCUGGAUUCCUAUAGAGAAAGGGACACCUCCCCUAACAAUUCCCCCUCACCAUUGUAGAAACAUCGUGGAUUUGGAUCAGUCCUUGUAAAUUGUGUUUGACUGUCUCUUUAGGUGUUAGUAAAGUAUUUGACCAUUUGAAA